GUAAGAGUAUAGAUUGCCAAUGCUAGCGGAGCUUGGAUUCAGUCCUCCGGCAAACUCCAUCGAGGACUUGUUGAUCCCGUGAGCAAGCACGAAACGCAGCUGAUCCUUCCUGGUUGACCUACCAAGAAACACCGGGCAAGAAUUAGAGUGACUAGGGAUCUCAGGUUUAGGAAACAGCUUUUAACGCGACCAAAGAUGCACACGUGUUUUGCAGUGACCGUCGUCGUUUUAGCGAUCACGGUACACUUUGGUGUCGAAGGAUGGGGUGGUUUGUUUAAUCGUUUCAGCCCGGAAAUGCUGUCGAAUCUUGGCUACGGAAGUCACGGUGACUACAUGAGCAAAACGGGACUGUACCAGCGACCAUUGUCGGCUGGAUAUGGGAAUUCUUAUGGAGAAUCGUUAGAAGACGUGGUGCCGUGUUUCGAAAGAAGAUGCACCGCUAAUGAGCACUGUUGUCAGGGCUCUAUCUGCGUGAACGUUGAUGGAGCAAUGGGUCAUUGCGUGUACGACUUGGGACAGAAACAGGGCGAAUUAUGCAGGAAUGACAACGAUUGCGAAACUGGACUGAUGUGUGCCGAGAUAGCCGGUAGCGAGACUCGUUCCUGUCAACCACCGGUCACUUCUAAUAAACUGUAUAAUGAGGAGUGCAACAUGUCUGGGGAAUGCGAUGUCACUCGUGGUUUGUGCUGCCAGCUUCAAAGACGUCAUCGACAAACGGCAAGAAAGGUUUGUGCAUAUUUUAAAGAUCCUCUGGUGUGUAUUGGACCAGUCGCGAUGGACCAGAUGAAGUCCGUUGUGCAGUACACUUCCGGUGAGAAGCGUAUCACUGGACAAGGAAAUCGACUUUUCAAACGAGUUCCUUUCGCCUAAGAAUUUCACACGAAUCGAAGAGAACGAGAGGAGUGUCUACAUUAAUUAAAUUCUGUCCUCAUUAUUGAAAGUAAAAUCCAAGCUAAGUCUUUCGAAGUUCUCCUGAUCCCAGAUUCUUCUCUGUCUCCGUAAACAUUUCAUAAUUUUCAUCAUUGCGAGAGUGGUAGGAGAAUCUGGAAACAACGUAAACGCGCCUUCCAAAUCAUUUUUCUUUAAAUAUUACGACUGACAAACACAUAUCAUAAUCAUAAGGUAACAUAUCAAUGAGAAGAUUUAUGUACGCAGAGGCUAAUAUUAAUAAUUAUUAACAAACAAUGUGUACAGGGUAUACUUUGAGAAGAAAUAAGAAAGUAUAUCAUUCUUUUCAUUCCUUGAAUGUUGUUUUUGAGAAAAUUAGAGUUUUAAAAAUUGAAUAGGAAUUGAAUAAAUAAAAAAUAGAUAACGAUAGAAGUAGAAAAGAUAGAUAAAUGAAUCUCUAUUUCUCAUAAACCGAAAUGAUUAGAAUAUUUAAUUUCUUUAUUGGUUUACUUCGACAUAAUUAUUUUGCAGUAAAUAUACGACUGAAGAAAUAAAUUUUUUGCCCUGUACACGAGCAAAACUUUUCCUGAAUUUAUUCUUAAGACUUUUACUCGAAUUACUCAAACGCACACGGAAUAAGAUAUGCUUUAUCAUUCUUCUGUUUCUGAAAUUGAUGAUUAGAACGACAUUAUAUAUUAAUAAGAUCAAUGUUUCGAAUUUAAUUGAAGAAAAAACACUUUAAACAAGCUUCGUCGGUGUCUAACAAACGUAACUUAAUAUGCAUCGUGUCGUGAGGUUUAAAAGUAUUUUAAUUACAUAUCAAUGAAAUUUCUGCUUAUCGUAGCGUAUAUUCCAAAAAAUAAUUGAAACUAUACGGUGUGUACGUAGACACAUUAAGUAGCAAAUGAUUUCUUUACGUGAGAAUCGCACAAUUAAAACGCUUAACGCGUGAAUCAUUCGAUCGAAUAUUAGUAAUUGAUUCGCUUUUAAGCGUUACGUUAAUUAGUAAUAUAAUUAAAAAAAUCUUUCUAUGUGUGAGAAUUGUUACGUUAAAUGGUAAUUAGAAAAAAAAAGAGUUACGUGAAUAAUCAUGAUCGUGAAGAUGAAACACACGAACGAAACAAAUGUUGAAAACAUUUUCCGAUGCGUAAAGUACCUGCUGCGAAAAAUUUUUGGACAAGAAAAGCUCGCUUCUAUGCCAUUGGUGCUAGUCAUCGAGUGUCCAAAACACACACAAAAUAAAGAGAGUAAUAUAUUUCUAGUUACACGUUAUUAAUAUUAUUACUUCCAACGUUGACCUGUUUAUCUAAUAAGGGGAAACUCGUAACAUAUCAUGCCUAAUCCAUUAAGGGAAUCUUAAAUGUGACAUGUUACUACAAGAUAUAUAUCUAACUGAAAUUAUAUUUUUAUCUUUCGAUCGAUAUGUAUACUUAAAUGCUAUAUAUACACAUAUUUACAUAGUAUUCAUAUAUUUUCCGGAUGCGUAUAUCUCUAUAUAAAAUAAUGUUACUACCCUCUGAUGCGUCGUGCGUCGUCUCUAAGGGUUUAUCGAUUAGAUGAUCUUUGUUUCAGAAGAAAUGAUUUGUAUUAAUUGUAUCAAUUGUCACUUUACUCUUAUCCUCUUUGUACUAACAUUUUCGUCUCGAAUAAUUUAUAACGAUAGUUGCUUUUAGUCCUCGAAUCCUACUGUUAAUUUAUAAACCAAAGAGACGAGAAUGAGUCAAUGAACUGAAACUAAUACAUAUCAUAGGAUAAGUAAAUUUCCCGAAGGAAGAUUUGGAAAACUUUUUUCCAUCUAUUGUUUAAACGUACGACUCAUUAGGGGACUACAGCCAUUUCCGGCUCGAGUCAAAAGUACCUCUGUCAAAUGAAUUAAUUCCAGCAUAAUUAUGUAUGUGUAACUACGUAUAUGUAAUGUUUAAAAUUAUACUACAGAGUUGAAAAUAGUUUAAUGUGAAAUAAAUUGUGAUGCAUAUGAAACAGUUAA